AUGGAUGGCUUCAAAAUCCCCGAGAUACCAUCCCUGACGUUACAGAAGGGUGUUAGGAAAGAAGACGUCGACGCCGAAAAGAUAUCGAGCAAAUGGCUUUCAAAACUCGAACGACGGUUGGCCGAGAGGUCCCUCGGCAAAGACAUCUCCGACUUGUUCAUCGACAAUUGCUGGUGGAGAGACAUUGUCGGCCUCUCAUGGGAUUUCACCUGCAAGCAGGGACAAGAAACCAUCAAAAGUUACCUGGCCUCGGCGGAACAUGGCCUCUCCGAGCUGCAGACCAUCAAGAUUGGCGGGCUGAAGCCACUGCUCCUCGACUUUGACGGCAUGGUCUGGAUCCAGGCCGGCUUCACCUUCAAGACGCCGCACGGCGAGGGAAAGGGGCUGCUGAAGCUGAGCAACACGGGCAGAGACGAGUGGAAGGCGUGGAUCGUCUUCACGCAGCUCGAGAAGCUCGACUUACAGAAGGAGGCUGACGCGGCUUCGGUUCCGAUGCCGAAGCCAUCUGCCGCCGACGGCAUCGACGGCGUCAACGGGCACACGCACGCAGAGUCCGAGGAAGACUUGCAGGUCCUCAUCGUCGGCGCAGCGCAGGCCGGUCUGAUGCUGGGCGCUCGUCUGCAGCACAUGGGCAUCAGAACCCGCCUGGUAGAACGGAGCGCGCGCCUCGGCGACUCAUGGCGGGAACGAUACCAGAGCGUGACGCUGCACACACCGACCUACACCGAUCACUGGGCAUUCAUGAAGAUCCCCGAGACCUGGCCGCGGUUCCUGACGGGCGACAAGGUCGCCCACUUUAUGGAACACUACGGCCAGCUCAUGGGGCUCGACAUCACCUUCAACACGGAGGUCACAAAGGCUACGUACGACGAAAAGAAUAGAAAAUGCCGCGUCGAGAUCCGCACGCUGGAGGGGACGCGGACUGUAUGGGCACGUCAUGUGGUCCUGGCCACGGGCGUGUACGGCGACCAGCCCAAGAUCCCUCAUUUCCCCGGGCAAGAGUUCUUCAAGGGACAAAUCUACCACUCGAAAUACCACAAGACGGCCGCCGAGAUCCCCAACGUGAUGAACAAGAAGGUCGUAGUCGUCGGGUGUGCCACAAGCGGUCACGACAUCUCGGCCGACUUUGUCGCGCAUGGCGCCAAGCAAGUGACAAUGAUACAGCGGCACCCGAUCUACACCGUUUCGCGGGAGUCAUGGGAGAAGUUUGUUCUCUCUCUGUGGGCGAUGCCGGGUCUCAGCACAGAGGAGGCGGAUAUCGUGGGCAACGCGAUACCGCUGGGGUUGAUCCGGAGAAUGAGCAUCGCGCUGACGCAGGCAAUGGCCAAGAAUGAUAAGGUGGUGCACGAUGGGCUUAAGAGGGCCGGUCUGGAGAUCAAGGAGGGCCAUGACGGCUACGGUCUGGCGGAUUACCAGCUCAUCAAGGGCGGACAGUACUACAUUGACCAGGGGGCAAACCAAAUGAUUAUUGACGGCAAGAUUCAAAUCCAGAGGUGCGAGGAGGGCGUCAAGGAGUUCCAGAGGGAUGGUCUGGUGUUGGCGAACGGCACGAAGCUGGAGGCGGAUGUGGUGGUGCUUGCAACGGGAUUCGAGCAGAAUAUUACCACGGUGGAGAAGUUGCUUGGUCCGGAUGUCGUCGAGAGGCUGGACGGGUUCGCAAAGUUGGAUGCCGAGCAGGAGCGCUCAGGAUGGUGGCGAGCAACAGGCGUGCCCGGGUUCUGGUACAUGACCGGCAGCUUCAUGAUGUGUCGACAGUUCUCCUUGCCGCUAGCGUUGCAGAUUGCCGCGGUUGAGAAGGGGCUGAACAAGGAGUAUUACAACUAG